ACAAAUUAAUAAAAUUGCCGAGAGUGUGUAAAAGUUUUUAGAAAGUUAUAAUUUUUCUCAUAAUAUUUCUAAGAAUUUACAAGAUAUAUCAACAAUAGUUUAGUUAAAUAUUAAAAUGAAAAUGGAAUGGAGAUUUUACUGGUAUCGAGAAGAAAAUGCUACAAGUAAUUUUAACUCAUUUUUUCGCAAUUUGGAUGAUUUUAUGCUGUUAAAGGGAGUGCCACGCGAAACGUGUCCCAAUGAAACCGAAGACUCACCGUUAGAUGAAUUUCCUGAAUAUUUUACAGUGGAACAACUGCGCCAGGGUUGGGUUGUUUUGCACGUCAUAGCUGCCGUUUACUUCUUUAUCCUAUUGGCCAUUAUAUGCAACGAUUACUUUUUACCCACCGUCGAGUGUAUUUGUGAGGAUUUGAAUUUGUCGAAAGAUGUGGCGGCAGCCACAUUUAUGGCUACGGCCACUUCUAUGCCGGAAUUUUUCACCAAUACCAUUAGUACCUUGAUAACACAUUCGGAUAUGGGUUUGGGCACCAUUAUUGGUUCACUGAUGUUUAAUACACUAGGUGUGGCAAGUUUGGCGGCCUUGGCUAUCAAUAAGCCCGUCCAACUCGAUUGGUGGCCCAUUGCUCGCGAUUGCUUUAUCUACGGUUUCAACACUAUCAUUCUGAUCAUAUUGGCCUGGGGUGGUGAGAUCACCUUCACCGAAUCCUGUGUCAUGAUGGGUUUCCUGAUCAUUUACUAUUUGGUUACUUUCAAUAAUAAUAAAUUUAUGCCCGCCAUCAGAGUGUUUGUGGAGGAUAAAUUGGGUUGCUGCUUUUCGACCAGAUACGAUUUAACUGAACCACCAGAGAACAGUGCCAAAGCUAAAUUGCCCACCAAGAAAGAUCCCUUGACCGGUAAUGGUUUAUUUGUUAUUAAUCUGCCCGAAAAUACCAAUUCCAUGUCGUCGAGGGUGAAUCUGACACAUUCGAAAAGCUGGGAUGGUGAUGAACAGACAAUGACACUUCCUCCCAGUCUUUAUUCUCUACCUCGCGGCGAAUCAAAGCUUAUGAAAUUUUGGUGGUUCUUUACUUUCCCACUUAAAUUUAUCCUGUCCAUACUGAUACCCCAUCCCAUAAAAUAUCGUAAAUUAUAUCCGUUAUCCUUUAUAAUGUGCAUCAUUGCAAUUGGCGCCAAUGCCUAUAUGAUCGUUUGGAUGUUGACCUCGUUUGGUGUCGCCAUUAAUGUACCCACAAUUAUUAUGGGUCUCACCUUUUUGGCUGCCGGCUCUACUAUGCCCGAGGCAGUGUCCAGUGUGAUUUCGUUAAGAAAUGGUGAAAGUGGUAUUGGUGUCUCUAAUUCAUUGGGUGCCAAUUCCUUGGCCAUUCUUCUGUCCCUAGGUGUACCAUGGUUUAUCAAGAAUUGCAUGAACUAUGGCAUGGCUGAUGGUAUGAACCGAAUCAAAAUUGCUGCUCAGGGUAUAGAAUACAGUAUUUUAAUUCUAAUGCUGUGCACUUUAACACUCUUCGUGGGCCUGAGUUUAAGUGGUUAUCGUCUAACCAAGCGAGUGGGUCUGCUGCUCUUUAUAGUCUAUGUGGUGUUUAUCGUUUUACAAAUACUAAUCGAAAUGAAUGUAUUCUUCCCCAAACAAUGUAGUUAAUUAGAAAAACCAAACAAACAAAUACUUAUAAAUUAAGACUGUUUAGUUGUUAAAAAAAAGUGAAAUCAAGAUUUCAAAUCUUGGAAGGAAACCCCGCCCCCGCAGUAGCAGAAAGAAAACCAACGAAACAAAAAGAAGCUUUUUUCCAUAAGAAAACUUUUGUUAAAAACCAAAUAUUAAUGUCUUUU